AUGGGCUCGGGAUGGGAGCUCGAAGAUACGGACGCGACGACGGUCGAUUCCGACGAUGACGACCUCGACGCUGCGCCUCCGACUAGACUCCUACUUGCUAGAAAUACCAGUCGUCCAUCCUUACCAGAGCAAGCAGCAACGCCUUUAUCGAGAGAAACCUCAACCCCAACCAAACAAUCCUCCUCCCUCCCCGAAAAGAAACCUCAAACCCCAAUAGUGGACCUGGACCCGCCCAGCUCUAGCAACGACACCUUCAACGAUGGCGAAGCCGCCUACAACGAGUUCAAGAACCGCAAAUCGCUCAAGCGCAAGCGCAGCUCUGCGAGCGCGCGCAAAGGCAAAACCCCCCGCAUGGCCGACCCCAAUUCAUUUGUUGGGCGACGGCCCCGACAAGACGCAAAGACGCGACCGACCCGGCCCUGGAGGGAAUACGGCGAGGAGUUUGCAUCUGACGAUGACCUGAUGGAAUACACGCUGCCUGACUACCUGCAGAAACGGCGUGAGAAGUUCGAACGCCGAACAGAGCAUCUUAAACAGUCGGGGCUGAAGCUGCCGCCGGACUACGACGAGGUGGAAUUCUCCGACGACGAGCGGCUGGAGUUUUUGAAGGAGAAGCCGGCGUUUAAGGACUUGAAGCCCUGCAGUCCGUAUAAGGAUAUUACGUUGCCGCAUUCCCUGGGGCUGAUUCCCGCGCCGAUUGCGCAGUGGCUGCGGCAGUAUCAGGUGGACGGCGCGGCGUUUCUACAUGAGCUGUUUGUCUACCAGAAGGGCGGGAUCCUGGGUGAUGACAUGGGUCUAGGCAAGACUGUGCAGGUGAUUGCGUUCCUGACCGCGGCGUAUGGCAAGACGGGCGACGAACGGGACGCGAAGCGCAUGCGGAAGCUCAGACGGAGCGGUCAGGAGGUAUGGUAUCCCCGAACGCUGAUUGUGUGCCCCGGUACCUUGAUCAGGAACUGGAUGGCGGAGUUCGAGCGCUGGGGCUGGUGGCACUUCGAUGCGUAUCAUGGCGAAAACAAGGAACUGGCCCUGCAUGCGGCGAGGUCUGGACGCAUCGAGGUCCUGAUUACGACGUACGGCACUUAUCUUCACAACAAAGACGCCGUGAACAUGGUUGACUGGGACUGCGUGAUCGCGGACGAGUGCCACACUAUUAAAGAGCGGAGCUCGGAGACCACGAAAGCGAUGAAUGUUGUCAAUUCCCUCUGUCGGAUCGGACUUACCGGCACGGCCAUUCAAAACAAGUACGAGGAGCUUUGGACGUUGCUCAAUUGGACGAAUCCCGGAAAACUAGGCCCGGUGACUGCUUGGAAGAAAACGGUCUCGGAGCCUCUACGGAUCGGACAGUCUCAUGACGCCACGCUCCACCAGCUCAGCAGGGCCCGGAAGACCGCAAAGAAGCUGGUGGAGAAUCUGCUGCCUCAGUUCUUUCUCCGGCGGAUGAAGACGCUGAUUGCAGACCAGCUUCCGAAGAAGGUUGAUCGAGUGGUCUUCUGUCCGUUGACCGACACGCAGGCGGACGCCUACGAGAACCUCCUGGACAGCGACAUUGUCCAGUACAUCAAGAAUGCCUCGGAGUUGUGUGACUGCAAGUCGGGCAAGAAGGCGGGCUGGUGCUGUCGAGAGUAUCUGUCUUCCGGGGUCCGCUGGCAGAGUUACGUUUUUCCUGCGAUCGCCAUCUUGCAGAAACUGAGCAAUCACCUGGCCAUUCUGAUUCCGCAGGGCGUGGACUCAAACGAAAAGCAAGAGAAAGAUAAAGACAUGCUGGAGAUCGCGGUGCCGGAUCAGUGGGAGCAGCUGUACCGCACGCGAGACUCGAUCGUCAACUAUGCCAACUCGGAAUUCUGCGGUAAAUGGAAGGUGCUGCGCCGUUUACUCAAAUGGUGGCACGAGAACGGAGACAAGGUCCUGGUCUUCUCCCACAGCGUCCGACUGCUGAAGAUGCUGCAGAUGCUUUUCCAUUACACCAGCUACAACGUGAGCUACUUGGACGGCUCGAUGAGCUACGAGGAACGGGCCACAGCCGUGGACGAGUUCAACUCGGACCCACGACAGUUCGUAUUCCUCAUCUCCACGCGCUCCGGCGGCGUCGGUCUAAACAUCACCUCGGCCAACAAGGUCGUCGUCGUCGAUCCCAACUGGAACCCCUCGCAUGAUCUCCAGGCGCAAGACCGAGCAUACCGCAUCGGCCAGUCCCGAGACGUAGAAGUCUUCCGACUCAUCUCCGCCGGCACCAUCGAAGAGAUCGUGUACGCCCGCCAGAUCUACAAGCAGCAGCAGGCGAACAUCGGCUACAACGCCAGCUCGGAACGCCGAUACUUCAAAGGUGUGCAAGAGAAAAAGGACCAGAAGGGCGAGAUCUUCGGCCUACACAACCUCUUCGAAUACCAGAACAACAACGUCGUCCUCCGCGACAUCGUCAACAAGACCAACGUCGCUGAAAGCCGAGCCGGCGUCCAAGUCAUGGACAUCGACAUCGAUGACAUGGACGAUGACAGCAACCAUCCAGACGACUGGUCCGAGAUCAAGAAGACCAAAAACGACGACGAAGUCAUGACCCAUCUCGCCGCCAUGAUCCGGGGCGACACUAAACCCGAAGACCCUAGCACCACUGACCCCAUGGUCCCUUCGUCCUCCCAACUCCAUCGCAAAAAACACGACCCCAUCCAAGCCAUCCUCACCGGCGCCGGGGUCGAAUACACCCACCUGAACAACGAAGUCAUCGGCUCCUCAAAAGUCGAAGAACGACUCAGUCGACGCGCCCAGCAACUCGGCUCCGCCAACAGCACCCAAACCGGCGACCAACACGUCUUCGCAACGGCAGGACCUUCGCAGGACUCUUCUGUUGGAGGUCUUCUAGAAGGAUCGUCGGGGAAGGCUAUUCGAUUCCGACACCGGCCGCCCGCCGAUGUCAUGAAGCGGCAGUUCUGUAGCAUGGCGCGACGGUUUGGGUUUUCGGAUGCGACGGAGUUUGCGCUCGUGGUGGAGGGUAUGACGCAGGCUCAGAGGAGGGCUUGUUUGGAGAAGUGGUAUCGGGAGAGGAGGGAGGUUGUUCUGAAGGAUGGGGGCUAG